CUGAGAAUGAAAGUGAAAGAUACAGAUGUUCAGAUGUGCACAGUCUGAAGGACAGUUUGAAGGAAACACAUACUUGUUAAUCUCAAUGCUACAGCAUACAAAGAAUUUUCCGUAUAACAUUUUGUGGCCACAGAGGAAGUGUACGAACAGAGGGGAAGUGUGGGUGGUGACCAGGUUGAUUUGAAGUUAAAAGUCAAAUGCUCAGCAUCUUUGAACAUGGCUUGUGUAAAAGAAAAUGUAGUAGAAACUGCAGCGUUGGGAAGGCCAAUUCAACUGGGAAUGCUGUACGACUGCAGAAAUGAUGCAAUAAUACCAGGAAUGACACUUUGGGAUCGAGAGCAGCUGGUGCAAAACACAUAUAUUAGUUCACAACAUAACACAGAGUUCACAGUUACAACUUCAGACACAAUUGAGGAAAAAUCAAAGUCCCUAAAUGUUGAUGGUGAACUGAAACUGAGUCUUUUGGGAGGAAAUGUCAAUCUUAGUGGUGCAGCCAAAUAUUUCAAUGACACUAAAAAGUCAUUCGUACAACAAAGGUUGACUCUGAACUACAGAACAACCACCAAGUUCGAGCAGUUAACUAUGAACCAUCUGGCACAAAGUCAAAUCGGCCACCAUGAGGUAUUUGAUCAUGAUGUAGCAACACAUGUGGUUAUAGCAGUUCUAUAUGGAGCAGGUGCCCAUUUUGUAUUUGAUAAAGAGGUGAAUGUCUCUGAGGAGAAAACAAAAGUACAUGGAAGUGUAAAUAUGGAAGUUGAGAAACUGAAGAGCAUUUGUUUUGCUGGGUUAAAGGUAGACGUAACAAUGAAUGAAAAUGAGAAGGCUGAAAUGAAAAAACUGAAUUGUACAUUUUAUGGUGAUUUCAAAUUGCCUUCUAAUCCAAUAACCUUUGAGGAUGCUAUGAAGCUUUACAAUGAUCUUCCAAAGAUGCUUGGAGAAAAUGGAGAACAUGCAGUUCCUGUUAAAGUGUGGCUUUAUCCUCUGAUUAAACUGCACUCAAAAGCAGCCAAACUUCAAAGACACAUCUCUACACAUCUCAUUAGAGCUGUGGAAUCAGUGAUUGAGAAUUUAAAUGUCACUUCAAUGAAAUGUGGUGACCUGAUGGAAGACACAGUGGCAAAAGCAUGCGACACAUUUCAUGAUCGAGUUCAGGACUUUCAGAAAUUCUGCACUGAGUACAAGCAAGAUUUCAUGAAAAAACUAGGGUCCAUCUUGCCAGAAAUCCGUGGAGGUAAAGCAGAUAUAAAAAUCCUAAGUGAACUUCUAGAAGCCCAUGAGAAAACUCCUUUUAAUAGCCAUGAUCUUCAGCAGUGGAUAACAGUGAAAGAAAAAGAAUCCAACCAAAUAAAAGCACUGCUAAUACAGCUGCAGGAACUUGGAGCAGAGGUCCAUGCUGACAGAGACAAAUAUCUAUUAGACUUGAAUGUGGAGAAUUUGGUUUCUUACACUUUUACCUGUCUUCAGCACCCAGAGCCUCUCCUGACCAAACAAAAGAGCUACCUGAAACCUUCAACAAUGAAACAUCCUAGUGAAAAUAGACUUGUUGAUUUUCAGGAAAAAUCAUGGACCUCUGAUGAGCUCAUGUGCAUGAGGAAAAAUUUGAAACUGUUUAAGGGUUUGAUCACUUCAAAUAAGAAUAAAUCCACAAAGUUUAUUGUAGAGAGUGUGCCUCAAACACCAGAUAAACCCUGUUCCUGUAUCCUAAUCUAUGAAAAUGGAUGCAGUGAAGCUACCUGUUUUGUUCCUCCAUCAAAGCCGGCAUGUCCAGUCACUGAAUGUGUCACAGAUAACAGCAUAACAGUACAGCUGAGGUCUUCAUGUGCUGCUACACUGAAGAGGCAACUGCUUUACAAAAUGAAACAAGAGAAUGACUGGAAAUCUCAGACUGUCACUGAAGAUAGAGUUACACUGACAAAUCUUAAAGAAGGCACUGAUUAUGAAAUAAAAUGUGCAGCAGUAGGAAAAAUGGACUACACGGUUGAAAGUGAUGUAACACAGUCUGUGGUAAAAAGCCAGAUGGUCCUGAAGACAACUGAAAGUGAAUUGACCAAGCAACUGAUUGAACCAAGCACUGAAAAGAAAGAUAAAGGACUUGAUGUUAUAAAUAUGGCUCCAGUGAAGACAAAUAAUGUGGCAGAGGAAAUCAAAAAUUCUCAUCAUGAGAAAAAUCAACAAAUGAACCCAAAACACAGCCACAGUGACAGUGUGGAGAACAUGGAGAAAAUACAUAAAAAGAAAAAGAAGAACGUGCACACAUAGGGUUUGGAGAAUUACUCAAGACAAAACCUCAUCUGGAAUUAGAGAAAAUCCCGGGAAAAUAAGGAGAAACAGGAGGAGCUAAAAUUGCAAGAAAAUGAAAACACAGAAGUGAAAAACAAGGAAAAUCUUACACAAGCACAAGUGGAGGAAACAUGUUGGAUACCAAGCAGAAAGGAAAAGAAACAGCUUAAAAUGAAGAUUUUUUGAAACGCAGAUGUAAUGUUAAUGAAAAGUACAGAAAAACUUAAGCUUGAUACUCCAAGCCAACAGCCUGAUGUGGAAGAGUCUAAUCUAGUUGAGACACAGAAAGUGGAAAGUGAUCAACAGCACGAAAAGAAAGACAGACCUCAGUUAGGCAAUACAAUCAGGAAAAACAACCAAGGAAGUAUAGGAGAAAACAUUGGAGAAAAAGGAGAAUGACAGGCAACAACAUUUUAGGUUAAGAAACUGAAAAAGACAAAGCAGGUUCAAGAAAAUAACCAUACUUCAAAAAGAGCAACUUAAGCUAUGAUUCAUCCAAACGUAACAAGAUCAUAAUUUUUUCAGUGUUGCUUUCAUUUCUAUGCAACUGCAGUAUGAUUAUUAUUAUUAUUAUUAUUAUUAUUAUUAUUAUUCCUGAUAAUAUGAUUACUCAGUCUGUACUGAGCAUAUCUGUAUCUUCAUCUAUAAUUAUUAAAUCUGUCAUUUUAAGGUCUAAUGAGAAAUCUUGGUGAACAACUGAGCUAUCUGUUUUGCUUUGCUAUAAAUAUUUAUCUGUUAUCCACACUGGAAUAUGGUGAACCAUUACGGAAGUAGACAUUAGCUAUAUAGAUUACACAAAGUUCAAUUCUGUGAUUGGCUGCCAAGCAAUAAAUGAAUGAAACCAUGGACUAAACUGUUGGCAUGCGGAGAAAACACUGGAAGUUUAGAGAGAUUUCUGGUCAUCUUCCGGUUUCUGAUGGAAAAUAAAUCCGUAGCUUUGAGCAAAAUUUUUAUCUUUCCUUCGCUAUUUGUUUUAAUCACUGCUUCAUGAAAAUGUUCUUUUUGUCUCAAUUCAUUAAAUAAAUAUGGCAAGGCAAUGCUUGGCAUGGUGAAAUUGUUUGUUUAAAAGAUAACAGAAGUUUAUUUCAGUGGCAAAUAA